AGCGCCCGUCCGCCGCGCAGAGCCGGGCCAGGCCGCACCGGGACCGGCGCCGCCAUGAGCGGCUACAGCGAGGACGAGAAGCUGCGGCUGCAGCAGCUCCGCGUCCUGCGGCGCCGCUGGCUGCGGGACCAGGAGCUGAGCGAGCGGGAGCCCGUCCUGCCGCCGCGGCGGCUGGGGCCGGUGGCCGCGUUCUGGGAGCGGUUCCUGCAGCCCGGGGGGCUCUGGCGGCAACAGGUGUUCAAGGCCUACCAGAGCGCCGGGUUCGUCCUGCUGCGGGUCCUGGUCCCCGCCUGGGUCAUCUGCUACUACCUGAAGUACCACGUCAUGAAAACGCCGCACGGUGUUGUUAUGUCAAAUCCACGGAUAUUCCCAGGGGACAGGAUUUUAGAGACUGGAGAAAUUAUGCCACCCUUGCCAGAAGAACCUGAUGAGCACCACUGAAAGCUGAUUUCCUCCCGCACCAAACAAAGCGAGAACUGCAGCUGCUUUAUCUCUUCUAUAAAAAAGUCUUUAUUGUG